UCGGAGCGCACCGCUCCGCAAGUCCUUCGCUGGGCGCUACUCGAAGAGCCGUCGCCGGAGGAGGAUGAUCUGCUCCCGCGCGGCGAUGGUCCGCCGCGGCUCCGAGACCCGCCGUCGGCAGCACGUGGUCCGCGUCGCGAGGAGACCAGCGCCCUCGUCGCAUUCCCUGUCCCUCCUUGCGUGGUCCUGCUGGUGCCUGCUGGUCUGCACCGCUCCGUACGGCGCCGAAGCCGUGAGAGAGCAGCAGGCCGAUCCCACCGUCGAACUGGAGGCGGCGUCAGUCCUCCCGCCCGUUCCAGAGGAUGAGCGGGGCUAACGUGAACGUGUGCCGCUACGGUCCAGCACCGAUCUGCUGCGAUGGAUGGAGCAAGCAGUGGAGCUACGGCCGAUACGGACCCUGUAUUGUGCCGGUGUGCCGGAGGUCGUGCGGUCAAGGCCGCUGCAUUAGGCCCAACCUGUGCCGAUGCACCAGCGGAGUGGUGGCUACCUCGUGUCCGCCACCAUUAGCCCCACUGACGUCAUCCACGACGUCGACGCAAACCAACGGCUCGUCGACCGGUGUCACCAGCCCAACCUGGCCCCCUGAUCACGGCGGCGGUGGACAGUGCCGAGAACCUUGCCUCAAUGGCGGCCGCUGCAUCGGCAAAGACCGCUGCUCGUGCGUGUAUGGUUACACGGGACGCCGCUGUGAGAGGGACUACAGGACCGGUCCGUGCUUCCGCAACAUGCGCCACGCUUCCUGCGUGGACCAGCUGCCCGGUGUGGUGUGCACGCGACAACUGUGCUGCGCCACCAUCGGCGUCGCUUGGGGACACCCAUGCGAGUCGUGCCCGCGACAUCUGGAGUGCGACCGCGGAUACAUCACCAACAUCCGCUCGCGCGGAUGCCACGACGUGAACGAGUGCGAAGCCAUUCCGGGGAUCUGCGACGGAGGGAACUGCAUCAACACUCAAGGCUCGUACAUUUGUGAAUGCAACGAAGGAUACACAAAGAACCCGCGAACGGGAAAAUGCGAAGACGUGAACGAGUGCGCCCACGACUUGGAGAUAUGCAACGGUGGACGUUGCAUGAACACUGACGGCAGCUACUACUGCAUCUGCAGCGAUUACACCGUGCCCAGCCACGACAAGAAGGCCUGCCUCAACACGAGCCGGGACCACUGCUACACCGAAUACGGAGGCCCAGGACUGUGUCGGAGUCCGCUCGCUGUGACGCUGACCAAGUACGAGUGCUGCUGCAAGGACUCGUCCAGGAUGCGCGGCUGGGGAACGCCCUGCCAGAUGUGCCCACGAAACGGAACAGCUCAAUAUAAACAUCUCUGCAGAUCGCCGGACAAGAUGCCCUCCAACGAGUGCGACCUGAGACCUGGCCUCUGCGAACACGGCCGCUGCGUCAACACGAACACGGGAUAUCGCUGCGAGUGCGACGAUGGCUUCAAGCCUUCGCUACGACAACAAGAGCUGCAAAGGUCAGUCGACAUCGAUGAGUGCAAGGAUUACGGCUACUGCUCCCUGGGAAGCUGCAUCAAUACGGAGGGCAGCUUCCGCUGCUUCUGUCCGCGUGGAUUCGACACCACGCCAGAUGGCAAGGAAUGCAGUGAUCGUGACGAGUGCAAGGAGAGUGGCAUGUGCGGAAACGGGCGCUGUGUCAACAUGGCGGGAUCGUACAAGUGCGAGUGCAAGCCUGGAUUUACGCUGUCACCAAGCGGUCACGCUUGCAUCGACAUCAACGAAUGUGCCGAGAACAGCCAGAUCUGCCUCCGAGGUGGCAAAUGCGAGAACACACCCGGAAGCUACCGCUGCACUUGCAGCAACGGCUACGUCUGGUCGCAGGAUGGGCAAUUCUGUAUAGACAUCAACGAGUGCGAGCAAACUGACAUGUGUCGAAACGGCAUAUGCGUGAACACACCAGGAGGGGUGAAGUGCCGCUGCAACGCAGGUUUCAAGGAGUCCUUCGACCAGCAUCACUGCAUCGACAUCAACGAGUGUCAGGAGCUGGACAACGUGUGCGGAAACGGACGGUGCGAGAACACGGUGGGCAGCUUCCGCUGUAUUUGCGACGACGGCUACAGCCUGGGACCUGGCGGCAGAUCCUGCGUCGACUCCCGGCGAGACUACUGCUACUCGUGGUACAGGAACGGCGAAUGUGGCCAGCCUUCUGCGGUGCCCGUGAAGAAGUCGGCGUGCUGCUGCGGUGCCCAUCAACAGCAAGAUCUAUGUGCCUGGGGGAGCCAGUGUACGCCCUGUCCGCAGCGCGGCACGCACGAAUACUCGCGCCUUUGCCCCAACGGCACCGGAUCCGGCGGCGGCGGCGAAGAUAUUAAUGAAUGCUUGGUGUACCCGCACAUCUGCCCCAACGGAGCGUGCGAGAACCUAAAAGGAAGCUACCGCUGCAUAUGCAACCCAGGAUAUCAAGUCGACAGCACAGGGAAGAACUGCGAAGACAUCAACGAGUGCAAGGUGAACUUGAUGCUGUGCGAGAACGGCCUGUGCCGAAAUACUCCGGGCAGCCACCAGUGCACGUGCCCGACAGGGUACAGACACAACACGCACACCAGCGCCUGCGAAGAUGUAGACGAGUGCCUGAGCUCCGGCAAGGACGUCUGUGUGGGCGGCACGUGUGUCAACACGCCGGGAAGUUACCGCUGCGAUUGUCCGCCAGGCACGACGCUGGACGCAUCCAGACACGUCUGCAUAGACAACCGGCGAGGCCAGUGCUGGCUCGUGGUCAGGAACGGCCAGUGCGAGAAUGACGUCAAGAGAAGGACCAUGCUUCGCUCCGAAUGCUGCAACUCGAUGGGCCAAGCCUGGGGGAGCCCCUGCCAGCUUUGUACGACAGAAAGAGAUCCGCACAAGUGUCCCCGUGGCCAAGCAUCCAUCGAUGGAAUCACAUGCACAGCUUGCUCAGACUUGCGAGAAGAGGUCUGCUACGCGUCGUUCAAGGAUGGUCGCUGCUCUCAAGGCAUGUACGGACUCUUCUCGAGGGCCUUUUGCUGCUGUACGCUAGGCAAAGCCUGGGGACACGCAUGCGAGGCAUGUCCGCGACCCGGAACUGAGGCCUAUCGCGAGCUGUGUCCCAAAGGAGCUGGUUAUGUCACAAUGGGAACCGAUACAUUCAUAGAAGUGAACGAGUGCCACCACUUUCCCGGAUUGUGCCGGAAUGGCCGUUGCCAGAACACCAUCGGUAGCUUCAGCUGCGACUGCACCAAGGGCUUCGCGAUCGACCAAGAAGGCAUCAACUGCACGGAUAUCGAUGAGUGCAGCAUUACCCACGGAAUCUGCCCCAACGGCACGUGCAAGAACACACCCGGGUCGUUUCUCUGCGAGUGCAACGACGGCUUCGAGGGCUUCAUGAACAAUCAGGACUGCCGCGACGUGGACGAGUGCUCGCGCGACCGAGGUCUGUGCCGGGGCGGCACGUGCGUCAACACGCCUGGUUCCUUCCACUGCGUCUGUCCUCCCGGCCACGAAUUGACGCCUAACGGGAAGGCCUGCAAAGACAUCGACGAGUGCAGCAGAACGAGCGGAAUCUGCUCCAACGGUGUCUGCGAGAACAUGAUGGGGGCCUACCAGUGCGUCUGCAACCACGGCUACAAGCAGACCACGCUACAGUCAAGCUGCGAGGAUAUUGACGAGUGCGCCAUAAACAGGGGCAACUGCAAGUCUCAGUGCACCAACACCCCGGGCAGCUACUUCUGCUCCUGCCAUCCAGGAUACGAACUGUCGCCGGAUGGCGUCACUUGUGUUGACGUCGACGAGUGCGCGCGUGGCCUGGACACGUGCAGCGGCGGCAGGUGUCGCAACACACAAGGCGGGUACACCUGCACCUGCACGGAAGGGCUUCUCCCAGCGCCCGACGGCAAAGGAUGCGAAGAUUACGACGAAUGCGAGAGAAACCGAAACCUGUGCCAAUACGGAAGAUGCGAGAACGCGGUCGGAUCGUACACGUGCCACUGCCAGCCGGGAUACUCGGUCAAGAAAGGCCACACCCAGUGCACCGACGACAACGAGUGCACCAACGGCGAGAAUGACUGCAGCCCGUUCGCCGACUGCAUCAACACGGACGGCUCGUUUCAGUGCGUCUGCCGGGACGGUUUCCAAGGAGACGGGGUCACGUGCACAGACGUGAACGAGUGCAUUCGGGAGAACGGAGGGUGCGACACGGACGCCACGUGCAUAAACACCGUCGGAUCCUUCAAAUGCGUCUGCGACAGUGGAUUCAUCGGCAACGGCUUCCAAUGUCAGGACAUUGAUGAGUGCAGCAGGAUCUCGUCGCUCUGUGAAAACGGCCAGUGCAUCAACCAUCCGGGCGGCUACCGAUGCGAGUGCGCCAUGGGAUUCGCACCUCAGGACAACGAGAGAGCAUGCAUCGACAUUGACGAAUGUACAGCAUUCGACAACAUCUGCGUUUUCGGCGAGUGCGAGAACGUUUUCGGUAUGUUCCGAUGUAUCUGCCACCCUGGAUACCAGCUGGAUUCGACCGGCGGUAACUGCACAGAUAUCGAUGAGUGCACCAGCCCGGAAGCGUGCUUGCACGGCCAUUGCGUCAACACGCAGGGCUCCUACAUCUGUCAGUGUCCUCCGAACUACAGCCUCACGCCGACAAAAACAGGCUGCGUAGACAUCCGGGAAGAACAGUGCUUCCGCGAUGUCCGAGCCAACUUCCACGGUCGUGGAAUCUGCGGAAGUCCCUUGGGGACACCCAUGACUCGAGCCACGUGCUGCUGCACCGUCGGAGCCGCCUGGGGAGCCGCAUGCGAAAUCUGCCCGCCUGAGAACUCCACUGCGUACAGGGAGCUGUGUCCCGGGGGCUCAGGCUUCCGGCCGAACAAGAUCACCGUCACUCUUGAAGAUGUGGACGAGUGCGAGGAGCUGGUCGACGUGUGCCACGAAGGACGCUGCAGUAACACGUUCGGAAGCUUCCACUGUGUGUGCCCCGAGGGGUACGCCUUGGACGACACGCACCAGAACUGCGUCGAUGUGGACGAGUGCAAGGUGUACCCGGACGUCUGCGGUCCAGGAACCUGUCACAACAGCGACGGCAGCUACGUGUGCUACUGUCCACCGGGCUACGCAGUCAUCCGCGGAGGCAAAUCCUGUGUGGAUAUGAGGAAGGACCAGUGCUACAGUCACUACCACCAGGUAGACCUGCAGCACCCUCCCGUGUGCGCUCACCCCAUGUUGACCAACCAGACCAAGAUGACGUGCUGUUGCUCGAUCGGCAAGGCCUGGGGUCAACGCUGCCAGCCCUGUCCACAGCGUGACACGCCGCAAUACGAGACGUUGUGCCAUGUCACCACCGUCGGCACGAUAAUGAACCCAUUGACCCAGGAAGUGGAUGACGUGGACGAGUGUCACGGCAUGGCCUGCCAGAACGGCGACUGCACCAACACUGUGGGUAGCUUCGAGUGCAGGUGCCACGGCGGGUAUCGCUACAACGAGCAACUACACGUGUGCGAAGAUGUGAACGAAUGCCAAACGCAACCCGGACUGUGCACCGGCACGUCCAGCUGCGUGAACAAAGACGGAAGCUACGAGUGCCAAUGCCCCGACGGAUACAAGCUAUCGGCGAACCGCCGCGACUGCGAAGAUGUGGACGAGUGUACUGAAAAGCCGGGCAUCUGCCAGAACGGAGUGUGCAUCAACUUGGACGGCAGCUUCCAAUGCACUUGCAACCCCGGCUACUACGCAACGCCAUCAGGGGACACCUGCAUCGAUUAUGACGAAUGUACUCGGGGUCCCGGAAUCUGCGCCAACGGAAUCUGCGAGAACAUGCCGGGCUCCUACCGCUGCGUCUGCAAUCCUGGCUUCCAGCUGUCUCCUAACAACGACUGCACGGACGUGGACGAGUGCCGAACGCAGUACCGCAUCUGCCACAACGGUCGUUGCCGAAACACCAUCGGCAGUUUCCAGUGCGAGUGUCAGAAGGGAUACGAGCUCAGCGAGGACGGCAGAAGAUGCGUUGACAUCGACGAGUGCGAGAUCGACAUGUGCCAGGAGGGCACCUGUCGAAACUCCGAGGGCUCCUUCGAGUGCGCAUGUCCGAAGGGAUUCGAGCUGUCGCACAGCGGUCGACACUGCGUUGACGUAGACGAGUGCCUGUCCAUCCCACAGCUGUGCCUGGGCGGAGUGUGCGCCAACACACGCGGCAGCUUCACGUGCACCUGCCCGCCGGGAUUCCGGCUCUCCACGGACGGCAAGAGCUGCAUCGACUUGCGGCAGAACCACUGCUACCGGCGGUACCACGGUCAGCGGUGCUCGGAGCCACGGCCGAGCAACAUGAGCCGCCAGGAGUGCUGCUGCAUGCACGGAUCGGCCGCCUGGGGUGACGACUCGCACUGCACGCGUUGUCCGUCGCCAUCGGAGAGCAGUUUCAGGGCACUAUGUCCAUUGGGCCCUGGCUUCGUGCAAGUCGACGGCAGCACGUUGGACAUCGACGAAUGCGUCAAGAUCCCGGACAUAUGCAGCAGCGGCAGGUGUAUCAACACGGACGGCUCGUACCGCUGCGAAUGCGAGGACGGAUUCAAGUUGGAUUCGAGCGGACGGAGCUGCGUGGAUGUGGACGAGUGCUCCCAACAGCCCGGAGUGUGCGGAAAUGGCCGCUGUACCAACACCAUAGGAGGAUUUGACUGCAGCUGCCAGGAUGGUUAUGCACCCGGCCUGAACCAGGUUUGCGAAGACGUGAACGAAUGUCACCUGGGCACGGACGGGUGCGCGUUCCGGUGCGUCAACACGCCUGGCUCGUUCCGCUGCACCUGCCCCUAUGGGUACGAACUGGCGCCCGAUGGAAAGCACUGCCAAGACCUGGACGAGUGUGCGGCUGGCACCCACGGCUGCCGCUUUGCGUGCAAGAACCUAGUGGGCAGUUUCCAGUGCGUCUGCCCUGACGGCAUGAGGCCUUCCGGCCAUGGAGACGACUGCGAGGAUAUCGACGAGUGCCGUGAAGAGCCAGACGUGUGCCAGAACGGCGACUGCGUGAACACGCGCGGCGGCUACCGCUGCCACUGCCACGGGGGCUUCCAGAGCAGCCGCGACGGCAAGCAGUGCCACGACACCCGGCUGGAGAUGUGCUACGUGACCUUUUCGUCGUGCCCGACAACGGGCGCCGGCGAGAUGUCGCGGGACCAGUGCUGCUGCAGCGUGGGAGUCGCCUGGGGCCCGCACUGCGAGGCCUGCCCGCUCCGGAACUCGAGAGAAUACCGCCAGCUGUGUCCAGCCGAAACGGGUUUCGACUCUGACGGUAAAGACAUCGACGAGUGCAACUUGAUGCCCGGACGGUGCAAGAACGGCCUGUGCAUCAACACCCAGGGCUCCUACCGGUGCCGCUGCGACCGGGGAUACAAGGCCGACAGUUUCGGAGUGAAUUGCAUCGAUAUCAAUGAGUGCGAGCAGAGCGUGCCACCUUGCAAGGGCAAGUGCGUCAACACGGACGGCAGCUACAUCUGCGGCUGCGAGCCGGGAUACACUCUAGCUGAGGACAAAAGGUCGUGUAAAGACAUCGACGAAUGCGCGACGGACAGACACAACUGCCAGCACAGCUGUGUCAACACGCCCGGAAGCUUCCGCUGCGGAUGCAAAAGCGGAUACAAGUCCCACGAGAACCAAUGUCUCGACGUCAACGAGUGCCAGGAACAGCCGCACCUGUGCGCCCCAAGCGGCACAUGCACUAACAUGCUGGGCACCUACCGAUGCAACUGUCUGCGCGGUUUCAUCACCGACGCCUCCGGAAAGUCCUGCAAAGAUACCAACGAGUGCGCCAACACGGCCAAGUGCCCCCACGGCUGCGAGAACUACGAGGGCUCGUAUCGCUGUACCUGCCCUAAGGGCUUCAAGCAGGACUACUACUGGAACCAGUGCGUCGACGAGAACGAAUGCCUGAACGACCCGUGCGGUUCGGGUUCCUGCAUCAACUCGGUCGGCAGCUUCUCGUGUUCGUGUCCCCCAGGGUACCGCUACGACGAGAUCAUGGUCAACUGCAUCGGAGGCGAAGGUUGCGAGAACAGCCCGUGCCUGUACGAGUGCACGCCGACCGGCAGCAGCGGUUUCCUUUGCGGCUGCCCAGAGGGGUUCCAGCGCAUCGGCCAAGGACACUGCCUCUCGGCGCGAGACAGCAGAGGACAGUCGGUGCCGAACGCGCUGGGCGGCCUUGGAUCCUCCAUACCGGCCUACCCGCUUGUCGAUCCCGAAGUGGAGGCGUCCAGCGACGACAAGAUCAUCUCCACCGAGGGCUGCUACUCGUGCAACCUCAACAGUGGCUCGCAACCGACGGCGCAACAUCGGAGGGCGAGAGAUGUGGCGAGUGACAGCGGCCCGGCGGCGGCAGCCAAUGCUACCAGAGCGCGUGUGACGCGCCGCUUCCGGAGAGCAACGCACAGGAAGCGCACAGAUACGACCGAGGAGUCACUGAACAAGCACAAGCCAUCAGAGCACAAGCGGCGGCAUGACCGCUCCCACUGGAACCUGGUCAAAGUGACUAUACCCGUGAACGAGGCCCAGAAGGGCCAACAUGUCCUGGAAAUCCGGCCCGCCUACAAGCACUUGCGAGACGACAGCAACUACCACGUGCUUCACGGCGUGGACAGGGACCGAUUCCAGGUUGUGUCCAGCGACGGCGGAGUGACGCUGCAGCUGGCGGAGACCAUCGAGCAGCCUGGCGUGUACAAAGUCAACAUCGGAAGCAGAACGCCCACCGAGGAGGAGUCUCAGCACCACAACAGAGCAUUCCGGCUCCGUGUUCACCUUGCCAUCGUCGAAUAAAAA